UGCAGGCUGUGGUGACAUUUAAUGACGUGGCGGUGUGCUUCUCGGAGGACGAAUGGAAGGGGCUACAGGACCAGCAGAGGGGAUCUGUACUGCCAGGUGAUGACGGACAACUACAAGAACCUGACCGCGCUGGGACUCUCACAAUCCCCUCCGGAGAUUGUGCUGAAGAUUGAGAGGGGGGAAGACCCCUGCGUGGACACUGGUGAGGAGACUGCAGAUAACAUGGCGGUAAAUGGACGCAACGAAGAGGUCCAGAUGAGAUGGAAUCAUUGGAAGAGCGCCAGUCAGCGGCCAGCAGCAAGGGCGGUCAGUAGGAGGUCCCUGCGUCUGGUAAGGAGAGCCACCAGGUCGGCAGAAGAGGGAGCAUCUUCAAAGAAAUCACCCCGCAGAGAGAAGAUUUCUGAUGGUCACUCCCGUAACGGGGUCACUCAGGAAAAAGCUUUGCAUGAUGGCGGUUCUGAGGAGAGAAGUGACAUGGAUGGAGCAGGGUCCAGUCCUGGUAGUAAAACACUUCAUGAGACAGAUGGGGUUGACCAGGAAAGGCAAGAGUCGUCAGGCAGCCCUCAGAAGAUGCACACUUGUGCCCAGUGUGGGGAGAGCUGGAGUCACCUCAUCGACUUCCUAUCCCACCAGAUGGGGAACUGUCAGGACCGGCCACACGGCUGCAGCAUCUGCGGCAAGACCUUCGUAAAGAAGCAGCACCUGACGGCUCACCGGAAGACGCACACAGAAGAUCGACCGUACACCUGUAACCAGUGUGGGCGGAGCUUCCGGCAGAACUCCACCCUGACCACUCAUCUCUGGAGUCACGCCGGACACAAGCCUUUCCACUGUACCUGCUGCCCCAAGAGCUUCAGCCGCAAGACUGACCUGGUAGCCCAUGUGAGACGUCACACCGGGGAGCGUCCCUACCAGUGUCCAUACUGC